UCUGAAGGAGAGACCAAAGAAAGAUGAAAAGGACUGUUUAGGGGGAUGACUGGGCUAAGUGGACUUUUCCUACUCACAGUCCUCUCUCUCUUCAUUAUACAGUUUCUGAAGCUGCUAUGGGCACGGAGCCACUUCCCCCCAGGACCGACGCCUCUUCCCGUUAUUGGCAAUCUGUGGCUCCUGAAUUUUUCCCUUAAGAAAGAGAUUCUUGCUAAGCUGGCAAACAUCUAUGGAGACAUCUACACCGUCUGGGUGGGAACCAUGCCUUUUGUCGUGCUGAAUGGAUACAAGGCAGUGAAAGAGUGCCUUGUCACUCACUCGGAAGAGACGGCGGGAAGAGCGCUCUCACCUUUCUAUAAGGAUCUGAUGGGUGAUAAAGGCAUUUAUCCUACGAACAACCAUAACUGGAAGCAGCAGAAAUACUUUGCCAUGAUGGCACUAAAAAGCCUCGGGGUGGGGAAGAAGCACCUGGAACACAGAAUUCACAAUGAAGCCCACCAACUCCUAACAGCACUGACAAGCAAGGAAGGUUUAGCCUUUGACCCACAAACCCCCAUAAACCACGCUGUGGCCAACGUUAUCUGCUCUUUGCUGUUUGGGCAUCGCUUCGCCAGUGAGGACGACUCUUUCAACCGAUUGAUAAAAGCCACCUAUUUGAUCGUCUUCAUUCCAGCUUCUUUCAGGGGUGGGAUAUAUAAUGUUUUCCCGUGGAUUAUGCACCGCCUACAAGGGUCACAUCAACAAGCGUUUGAAUGCAACAACUUCCUCCAUGCCCUUGUGAAGGACGAGGUCCAAAGCCACCAGGAAAGAUGGAAGGAAGGUCAAGAACCAGAGGAUCUCAUUGACCUCUACCUGGACCAAAUGGCAAAGAGCAAAGACGACCCAACAUCGACUUUCAAUGAAGACAACUUGGUUCAAACUGUAGUUGACCUUUUGAUUGGAGGGACCGUGAGCACCACGACUACCCUGUACUGGGGAUUGCUUUACUUGUUAAAAUAUCCAGAUGUUCAAGAUAAAAUCCACGAGGAAAUAGACGCCGUUCUGAGACCUUCCGACGUCAUCACUUACGAGGACCGGAUUCAAGUGCCCUACACCAAUGCUGUACUUCAUGAGGUGAUGCGCUAUUGCAAUGUGUCCAUCACCGGGCCUUUUCGGAAAUGCUUGGAGGACAUCACUUUGCUGGGCUUCCCCCUUAAAAAGGGGACCCUGGUGUUGCCCAACCUCCACUCGGCGCUGUAUGAUCCGGAGUACUGGGAGACCCCUUGGACCUUCAACCCGGGGCAUUUCCUCGACUCGUUUGGCCGUUUUGCGAGCAAUAAAGCCUUCUUGCCUUUUUCGACAGGGCGCCGGUCCUGCGUGGGAGAACCUUUGGCACGGAUCGAGCUUUUCAUCUUCUUUGCUAACCUGCUGCGUGCCUUCAAGUUCCGCCUUCCAGACGCAGAAAAGGAAGUCAAUGUGGAAGCCAUUAAUGUAGGCACCUGUCAGCCGCACCCAUACAGGAUCCUCGCAAUUCCACGCUAACCCAACCUGGUUGCAAUCUCCUUCCAGGAGCAGCUGGGUGGGCCAGAUGGGGAGCUGUUGGAAGAGCCCAUCUCAUCCAUUCUCUUU